ACAUGGCCGCGGAGAGUGGUGACGGUUUGCCAAUAUCCCCGUCCGAGAAAUCUCUUACUGGUAGCCUCGCGUCCGACGAAAAUGAGAAAAGUGUCUCACGUUCACCGUCAAGUUAUUCCAUACGGGAGGACAAAUGGCCUGACCUUGUCGUGUCUAGACCCAGAAAGCUGGAUGCCUGGUGGUUGCCGAGACGAAUCCCUGACUGGCUUGAAACUGCGACCGCCGGGUGAUCACGGUGGUGUACAUCACGGCGGGGUCAUGCUGGAAGAAGAUAUGGCUGGUGCCCAGGACACAAUAUAUUUGUGUAAUUUUCGAGUGUCGGUAGAUGGCGAAUGGCUCUGUUUGAAAGAACUCCAGGAUGUCGAGUUCUCACUCCAAGAUUCGAUGCAGCGAUCGCCUUCACCGCCGCUUGCUCUCAGUGGUAUUAAUCAUCAUGAUCACCAUGAUCAUCAUCACCAUCAUCAUCAGCAACAGCUUCCCGAGCAGCGAGAGCUUCGCGAUAUUAUGCCAUCAAGUCCACCGCCAUUGCAGCACGUCUCCAGCUUGUCACGAGAUCCGGUGAUCAUCGAAAGAAGUAAUCUCGUUAACAUUUCGAAACUAAUCGUCAAGGAGUUGAUUGAAACAUCUUUAAAAUAUGGUCGUAUGCUCGAUUCUGAUCAUAUGCCGUUGCAACAUUUCUUCAUCGUUCUUGAACAUGUACUUAGACAUGGUUUACGACCGAAGAAGGGUCUUCUCGGACCCAAAAAGGAAUUGUGGGAUAUUCUUCAGCUCGUAGAAAAAUAUUGUCCUGAAGCUCAAGAUAUUACGUCCAGCAUUCGUGAUUUACCUACUGUUAGGACGGCUAUGGGUAGGGCACGCGCUUGGUUGCGUAUGGCGUUGAUGCAAAAAAAAUUAGCAGAUUAUCUCAAAGUUCUGAUAGAUCACAAAGAUGAUAUUUUGUCUGAAUAUUUUGAACCAGAUGCUUUGAUGAUGAGCGAAGAGGCAAUUGUAGUGAUGGGUUUGUUAGUGGGAUUAAAUGUGAUCGAUUGCAACUUCUGUGUAAAGGAAGAAGACCUCGAUUGUCAACAGGGCGUAAUUGAUUUUUCAUUAUAUCUGCGUAACAGUAAUCAUAUACCUGGUGAAUCACCAGACGAUGAACUCGAAAACGAUAACAUGACGACGGUGCUUGAUCAAAAGAAUUAUAUCGAGGAGCUCAAUCGACAUUUAAAUGCAACGGUAACGAACCUUCAAGCUAAAGUAGAAUCUCUGACAACAACGAACGCUCUUAUGAAAGAGGAUCUUGCUAUUGCUAAGAACAAUAUUUUAUCGCUUCAAGAAGAGAACAGACAACUAAAAAAAGAACUUGGUAUAGAAGUUAAAGACGCAAACGAGAACGGGAAGGUACCUCUUAAAAUAACAGAAACUACCGCUGAAAUGGAAGAACUUAGAAGCAGAAUAGAAUCUGAAAAGAAAUCUCGACAAGACUUAGAGAAAGAACUAGAAUUGCAGAUUAGCAUGAAAUCCGAAAUGGAAGUAGCUAUGAAGUUGUUAGAAAAGGAUAUACAUGAAAAACAGGAUACUAUAAUAUCUUUAAGGCGACAACUGGAGGAUAUCAAAUUAAUCAACUUGGAAAUGUACAAAAAGCUGCAGGAAUGCGAAGGCUCUCUUAAACAUAAGACAGAACUGAUUACAAAACUGGAAGCUAAAACACUAUCGAUGAGCGAGACCAUCCAGAAAAUGGAUGAAAAGUGCAAGGAGAUGGAUGGUGUCAGAUCGGGGGUAGAGGAGAGGGUGAGGAUUCUGGAUGCCGAGGCCGCUGAGCGGGAAGCGCGGACGAAUGGGGUCGAGAGGGAAUUGCGACUUGAACGCGAGUGGAGAACCUCCUUGCAGGAAACAUCGAUCUGUAACACGGAGAAGAUCUCUCAAUUACAUCAGGAAAUCGAUCAGCUGAAACGGGUGUCUGAGAGGUACUUGAUGCUGCAGGAAGAGUAUUAUGCUCUAAAGGAGAUAUGCAGCGAGCAGGAACGAACUCUGGAGGAACUUGGAGGACAAUUGAGCGCGGCCAAAUUAGCGGCGGUCGAACUGCGCGAGGCCGCUGACAACGCUCAGCAGCAGCAACAGCAGUCGGCACUGCAAGAGGGCUCGGUAACCUGGACGAAUGAUCGGAUGGUCACCCAAUGCAAGGGAUGCAGCCGUGAGUUCAACAUGACUCGUCGCAAGCAUCAUUGUCGCAAUUGUGGUAACAUUUUCUGUAAUGCCUGCAGUGACAAUACUACAGUCUUGCCGAAUUCAGCGAAACCGGUACGCGUUUGUGACGAAUGUUAUGUGUUUCUGGUUAGCCGUUACUCAGUGGUGCGUUAAUAUUCCGCAUGCCAUUGUUCUUUCUCGUAAGCAAAUUGCACAACAGAGAUUUUAGUUCGAUGCAUAGUCUCGGAAAGAAAAGAACGGGAUGAAAUCGAAAAGACGAAACAAAAAAA